CUUCUUCUCUCUUGCUGCAGCGAUGAGACCAGAUGAGACAAUCAAGUCAGCCAAGUGGAUGUGAUAUAAAACCAUUUGUCAGCCCGAGAUAUUUUAGUGUCAAUACUCUGCCUGGUAGGUUCGCAGCUCUGCAGUGGUUUUGCCGAAGACAGACGUUGCCUGUGUCCAGGGGGAAACAGAGCAAGCUGAGAUACACAGAAGGGGGGGUUUGUCGGCCCACUGCAGUCUGAAUCACCAGAGACUCGCCCCGCCGCUGAAUAGCUGUCGACGUCGUUUGAGUAUCGACGUGCCUAUCCGUUUGGAGGCAGGAAUCCACGGGAAGGGUCGGAACCGACCCAGUGUUUCACUCUCUGCCGCAGCCCGAGGCGCGCUGCUUGGCAGAGCAUGCUAAAUAAUGAGCCAAAGGGAUACAUUGGUUCAUUUGUUCGCUGGAGGAUGUGGUGGUACAGUGGGUGCCAUUUUGACUUGUCCUCUAGAAGUGGUGAAGACCAGACUGCAGUCCUCCUCCAUCACACUCUACAUAUCUGAAGUCCAGCUCAGCACGGUCAACGGAGCCAGCGUUGCCCGUGUUUCUCCUCCAGGGCCCCUGCACUGUCUCAAGCUAAUUCUAGAAAGAGAGGGACCCCGUUCGCUGUUUAGAGGACUGGGUCCCAACCUUGUAGGUGUGGCACCAUCCAGGGCAAUCUAUUUUGCUGCAUAUUCAACAGCUAAGGAGAAGCUGAAUGGAGUGCUGGAGCCGGACUCGACCCAGGUGCACAUGGUGUCUGCUGGGAUGGCAGGGUUCACCGCCAUCACAGCCACCAAUCCCAUCUGGCUGAUAAAGACCCGUCUGCAGCUGGACUCCAGAAACCGAGGCGAGCGACGUAUGAAUGCGUUCGAGUGUGUGCGGCGGGUUUACCAGAUGGACGGCCUACGAGGUUUCUACAGAGGAAUGUCAGCCUCGUACGCUGGCAUCUCUGAGACUGUUAUCCACUUUGUCAUCUAUGAAAGUAUCAAACGUAAACUGCUGGAGUCCAAAGUUCACGCAAGCAUGGAUGAAGAGGACGAGUCUGUCAAAGAUGCCUCGGACUUUGUGGGCAUGAUGCUGGCAGCAGCAACGUCCAAGACCUGUGCCACCUCAAUUGCAUAUCCUCAUGAAGUGAUCCGCACACGACUACGAGAAGAAGGCAGCAAGUACCGCUCCUUUUUUCAAACUCUACUGACGGUACCCAAAGAGGAGGGAUACCGGGCGCUGUACCGAGGCCUAACCACCCACCUCGUCAGACAGAUUCCUAACACUGCUAUCAUGAUGUGCACCUAUGAGGUGGUGGUCUACCUGCUUAGUCAUUAGCCAACCAUGAAUGUCUCCUUUUUGUUUAAAGAAGGACACAUUCAGUGAAGAUCUGCAAAGGAUGCCCUUAAGCUUAAAAUGGUAGGAAUGAAAUGUGAAAAAUGAAGACCAAAGGAAACCUGAAGAUACUCUAGUGGACCAGAAAAGAUGAAGAAAAAAAAGGAAGGUGGAAGAGCUAUUUGAUACAUAUCAGCAUCAUCUCCUCCAGUUUGCUGUCUCAGAUUACUGGAGCAGGUAGAGGGUGUCACAGCUCAAAGAGUAGAUAAUCUGGUAGAGGAGAGAGAGAGAGAGAGAGAGAGAGGAGGCACUGAAAAGUUUGGUAUCUAGUUCUGAGGGAGGAGAAUAUAAAACAAAAUUCAGUGGCCUUAAAAGGGUUUAGUUUGCAUAGAUCUAUGAUAUUUUUUUUUUUUAGUGUGGUUUAAACAUUGGAGGGGUGAAGAGGAAUGUUUGGAGGCAACUGAACUUGACAAGACAAAUGCAAGCUUUGUGCAGGUCCAUUUCAGUCCAAAACACACUGCUUGGCACCAUUUGUCUGGUCCAGUCUGCUCUUGCCUCGGUACUGUGAGAUUACGAUGUGAUUCAAGGAAUGUUCAAUUAAGGUGGAUAGUCAGAGGGAAGUUGCAUUUGUGUACUUUUCCAGUCACCUGACCUGCUCUUCUUUGCACUACAGAAAGUGAUUCUCCUCUGAACACUGCAGUCAGACCCCUGAUGGGCAGCAGUGUGUUCACUGGUGGAAUACAAGAACAUAAGGUGAGCUCGUGCAUUUGCCUCAAACACUUGUUAGGAAAAACUAAGCUACAGCUGACCUCCAGCCAGUAUUUUAUUCCUGUCCAGCUCGGUGCCUGGCGAUGUGACUGAAGUUAGCCUUCAGUUUGAAAUAAGACGGCUUUCGAGGCCAGCUUCCGCUCAGCCUGCAGUCACUGUUCCGGACCUAGAAAUCAUGUGUAAAAACACGAGACCAGCGUGUCUUUUCUAAGUCUAGACUCUAUCUCGCCUAUAUAGCCCGGUUUUACAUGAGGGUCUGUGUUUGUGUCUGUGUGGUUGAACAAGUUGGGUGGUAGCCCAGUUUAAGAAUGUGUGUCUGUGUGUGUUUGUGCAUAUGCAGUCAUGUGUGCCUGCAUGUAUAAUAAAUAUCUACUCCAGAUUUCCAUCCACUAACUAUUAGUCUUUUCAAGAAACUGCGGUUCAGUGUGGAAAGGCUCCAGUCAGAUACUGGGAGUUUCAGCUCCCACUCUCGUGGUAGUUCUUCCUUCUAAUGGCUUCCAACUGAUCUGAUAACAUGCACUUUUGUGGCCUUUUAGGGCUUGUGCUUUGCUUUUUUAAACAUGUGUGGACAGAUUAAACUUGUACAUUGUAAAAGGAAAAAAAAAAAAAAAAGUAUUACUGUAUUUCAAAAUGGUAUUUUGCGCAACUGUUCUUAGAGCAGAUAUCUGUACAGUUUAGUUUGCAGUUGUGAAGGAAGUCCACAUAUUUGUAAAUAAUAUAGUGUAUAUGCAUAUUAAUUUUUUUUCCUGAGUCCCACUUUUCAUGCUGUAAGUUUGCAUUUGCAAAGAUUGUUUUCUUUUUUUUUUGCAUUUGAACCUGGUUUUGACAGAUUAUUGACCUGAAUAUUGACAUUUCGUGUCUAAUUAAAAAAAAAAAGAAUAAUUUUCCUUUUUGUAUGUCUCAGAAGGCUGCCGUGUAAACAUGCUGCUGAUCAAACACAUAAAUGGAAGCGUUUGACUCUGAGCAUUGGUUAGUUGUUUAAUAAUGUUCAAAGCAAGUGAUCCAUUCCUCAAAGUUUGAAUGUUUUUGUCUUUUUGGGGUGUUUAUAUCAGUCGUUAACUUGUGUCAUCAUUUUGCCAGCUUUCUUUACAGCUUGUUUUGAAAAUUACUGGAGAAACGUCUCAGUUUUAGAGUUCAAGAACUAUGUUUCAGACACUACAGAGGAUCAGGUGUUUUGAAAUGGUUAAAAAAAAAAAAACACAUCAAGUUAUCUCUUCAAGAAGUUCAUGUCGUAUACAGAAUUAUGUUUGGAAAUUUU